AUGGAUCCUGGAAGUGGGGAUAAAGACAGAAACUUGUCAGAUAAAUGGAGCUUCUUUGGACCAAGACCCCUCCCAAAGUCUGAUUCUAGAGAUUUUAACAUCCAGGCCUACAAAGGAGCCCAGAAGCCAACUCCUGUGGAUCUGAUCUGUGCCCUGGCCUCCAGAAUGGCUGCAGAUCCAGCAACUUUCAGGCCACCCAAGAUAGAUGUCCCAGUGAUUGAAUGGAAGGAACAACCACUUAGAAAUGGCAAUCCCAAACUCUGGGACUUGAACAUGCUCACAAUCAUUGGCUUCAAGAAUGCUUUCUAUCAGAGGGACUCUUACCUUGGCUCUGACAUAAGCAUGGCUAUACCAGGCCACAGUCCCAUGCUGGACCCAUGCACAGUGGGAUCCCCACCUCUCAAGGUCAUACCAGAUCUACCCUUCACUGGGAUACCUGCCCUCAAGCUGUGCCAGCCUUCAGCCCUGAAUCAGAUUGACACCAUGUCAGGAUACCCGACCCUCAGCCACACCACCAGAUCCAUGACCACCAGGAACCCCACCCCCAAGUCGUGCAAGACCGCAGCCUAG